GGGAGAGGCGAGAGCUGCUCUCCCGGAGGAAGCAAGCGGAUAAGAGGGAACGGCCACGGGACGAUAGCGCUGCAGCGUGGGUGCGGAGCCCCUUCUCUCCGUCCGAGAAAGCUGCAGCAGCGGAGGAAGCAAAAUGAUGGUCCAACACUCAGGCCAGGUGUCUGCAUUAGAAGUCAGUGCCUCCGCAAUUGUUCCCACUUUGUCCCCUGCAGGGUCACUGGGGUUUGAUGAUUUUGCAAAUCUAACCCCACUGGUGAAAGAAGAACUGAGGUUUGCCAUUCAGAAUAAGCGUCAGUUCCACAGGAUGUCUUCUACACUGGACACCGUGACAGUUUCUGAAAGGCCACUGGAAACAUCAAUCAUGAAAACAGAGUUUUCUCCUGAAGAGGAUGAAAGGAAAAAGCGAAGAAGGGAAAGGAAUAAAAUUGCUGCUGCGAAGUGCCGCAACAAAAAGAAGGAAAAAACAGAAUGUUUGCAGAAAGAAUCCGAAAAGCUGGAAACUAUCAAUGCAGAAUUAAAAGCCCAGAUUGAAGAGCUAAAGAAUGAGAAGCAGCAUUUGAUAUACAUGCUAAAUCUUCACAGGCCCACUUGUAUAGUUCGGGCACAGAACGGAAGGACACCUGAAGAUGAAAGGAAUCUUUUUAUUCAACAGAUCAAAGAAGGAACAUUACAAGGUUAGGUGUUUUGUGGAGAUAUUUAUAGCAUUUUUAACAACUACCAGAAUCCAUGGAGGAUAUGACAUAAUGUGUAAGAUUCUAUUAGUCAAGAUCCUUUAGGAAGGGCAGAUUGCUUUCUUACGUGGAAAGAAUCAUUUUGGCUUGACAGCGAUUCUCCCCCUUGGAAGAUCUGGUCUCAGCUAAAUUGAAGAGUCUUCUGCCUCAAAUAUAGGUUUUGCACCUGUCAUACUUGCUGUUCCUAGGAGCUAUAGACAACGGCUUCAGAAGUUUUAGCUCUGCUAGUAUUACAGUAUCUGCACUCACAAUGUUUGUGCUAGAACACUAUGACUUCCAAUGCACAUGGUACAGACAGCUGUGCUGGAUGGACAUUACUUUUCCUGUUUGCUGGUAGGAAAAGCAGACUGAGAGUAUUUUUGAAGUUUCAAAGUUUCCAGGAUGAUUUCUGGCAGAACGCACUGAUGUGUAAUGUUGCAUUCUAACCUAACACGCAUACACACAAAAAGCCUUUAGUUUCAACCAAGCUUUGUUAUUCUUUUCACAACACUUGUGUGGUUUUUUUCUAUGACUCAUCUCAGAGACUAAAUUUGAAGAGCCUAGCAGGUGUAACAAAGAAAUGUCUCUUGCAAAACGGCCAUGUAGCCAAGUUUGUAUUUCAUGAGCUUGAACCCCACCUACUACCAUCUGGGGACUACGAUUCCUCCUUGAAUUGCUGAAGAGCAGCUCAUACCACCAUGUGGUGACUUGGUGCAUUAGACCCACUGGAAAGAAACUAUCUUUGGAGAGAGAUCAGUACAGGUUUUGCCGAAGUAAAGAUCUGCAGAACUGAAUACCAGGCUCAUGAGUCAUGAAAAGUUUUGUUUGUUUGCCUUUUGUUGUUGUUGAGUUGGGGUUUUGGUUUUUGUUUGUUUGUUUGUUUUAAUCUAGAAUCUCAUCCUACAAACCUUAAUUCAUGCUUUUAACUCUCACUCACAGAAGAGGUUUCAUGGAUUUCAGUGGGUCUACUUAUGCAGACAGCUCUUACAGGCAUAGAGCUUGACAUCUUUUUCCAUGCUGAUCAGGAAUACUUUCUUUUUGCAUGAUUAUUCAGAGAGAAAAGUUAUGAUUGCAGCUACUUUUAUUUUACAUUUGAGUGGCAACUGCAGUCAAUUAAAAGUGUUACUUAGAGUCUAAAGGAGGCAAGAGUUUCAAUGAAGUGAAUAAUGGGUUUUAUUUUUUAUUAAAUACUAACCUCAGAUUUUUUUUUUUUUUAACUGAUAGAAGAGCUGCUGGGCAAAACAGUUGAUGCUAGGCGUGUUUAAAUUCUGAUGUUUCUGUGAAAUCCUCAGAUUGAUUAAUCCUAUAAAAUAUAUCCUUGCUUU